UAGACUUGGGUGUUAGAGCUUCUUCAUCAACCUCGCGAAAACGAAACCCUAACCCCAAUUCAUUUGGAGAAAAAAAAAUGGAACCGGAACCGAGGAGGAUGAGGAUGGCUUAUUUGGAGAUCAUUGAGAAGGGUGGAAGCGGCCUGGUAGACUAUCAAUAUUCCGAUGCCCACAGGAAUCAUAUGUUGGCAAUUCUGAAAGAUCCGACGGAUUUCACCGAUGAAGAAAAGAUUGACACCCUUCUAAGCUUUCACAAAGAUACCUGCGCCAAUUUGCUUUCAGGUCUUUAUUCAUCCGCUGAUGUUGCAUUCCAGGACUUGGAAAUCCUUAAAGGAUUUGUGGCUAUACUCAAGGAUAUCAACAAUAAAAACCAUCUGAUUCUUCAGGAGGCUAUUCUCGAGGAUUUGAGAGCAAAAAAACAGCUAUUCCAGAUGAAAACUGUUAUGUCCGUUUUUUUUGAAAUCUCGUCACUCCCCCCUCCUAGAGGAUAAGGAAUUUAACAAGUGGAUGCUGGAAAACUCACAAUUUGAGGAAGACGUCGACUAUCGUGAUGAUGAUGAACGCCUAGAGGCUGUCGAUAAAGAAAUAUCCAGUGUACUUGCUAAUCUCCAAAUGCUAGGAGCUGAUACGUCCAAGUACCAAGAUGGUUAUCUCAAUUUCCAAAUCAGUGAUCCCGAAGCCACAAUUAGCAAGUACAAGCUGCUGGAAAACAAAGUAAAAAAUACAUCGGAGAAAGCAUUCAGACUGUUGGAAUAUGGGCAACCCCAUUUUGUGUUAUUAAUCGAUUUGGAAAGUCAGGUUCGAAUUCUGGAAAUUGAUUCUGCAGAAGAACCAUGCAUAAACAAAGCCGGAUCCAGAUCCAAAAAGGGAAAAGGCCGCACGAAAAAGCAGCAGCGUUGCAUUUGAAGAAGAAGGAACUUAUCCAAAAUUGAAGACUUCGCAGGAUUUUAUAUAAGUAUGUUAUUUUCUCCUGAUCCAGCAGCAGUGUUGCCUUUUUUAUUAUGUUAGUUCUUCUGAUCCAGUAAAGGUUGCUCUAAGAUUAUGCCACUUUUUUUAAUUAUUAAUUUUAGAAAAAGAAGAAGACAUUUGUCAUCUUCUUUUCAGUUUAAUCUUCAUUUGCAAACUGGUUUGUUUUAACUUCAAGAAGAUGUGAUAAAUUAAAAAU